UUAUUUCCACAAGUUAUCACUUACAUUCUUAUAAUAAAGACUAUGAGUUCUGUUCAAAUCCACUCUCUUUGCGGGACAAAGAGAAAAGCAAAUUCCAAUUGGGCCAAUCUUACCUUAGGGGAAAUUGAGUCCCAAGACAAAAUCCGUGACCAUGAAGUUCAAAUACUGAGAGAACAAGUUGAGAAAUUAAAAAAUGAAAAUUUCAUGCUCAGGAAGAGAUCUGAGUAUUAUAAGCAGAUGGCAAUAAACGCAAAAUAUGAGUCGGCUAAGAAAAAUGAUGAGUACGAGUUGUUCCGAAAAGCAAGCCAAAAGCUUGCAAAUUACAAAAGAUUUGAGAUCGAAGAUCAGAGACAUUUGCUGGUGAAUAUGUGUAAAUGAAUCAUGAGCGAGAGGUUCUCAUUAAGAAGUAUGACAUUCAAUAUGAUCUCAACCUUAUUAAGAGGAAAUCUUUCUCAAGAAAAUAGUCAAAGUUGCCAUGGAUCUCACAAGCCUGGCUCCUUUAUUUAUUUUAAAGAUAAAGAGAUCCAGAUUUCAGAAAAGGAGAAGCAACUUCUCAAGCAUUUCGAAAGUAACCAACUCCUCCUUGGCAUGCUAACCGGCCAAAUUGAUUCAUGGUUGAAAGACAUGAACACAAACACAACUAUAAACCAUGCUCCAAAACACGGUGGGAGCAUGAAAUACGACCAACAAAGAGAGUUUCAGGAUUCUCAUUUAGAUGAAAACGCCUGAGUCUCCAAGCAUCCAAGAAUCCCUGUUCCGAAAUUCGAAUAAUCGUUAA